GCUGUUUUAACAGUGGGACUUGCUCUUUAAAUAUUUUUGGUGGUCCAGUCCAAGUAACUUGAUCCAGAGUCUUCACAAGUGCAGCUUGGUAAUGUCUGGUGAAGCUGGUUCAAGUGGCAGCGAUCUCUGCUCUGUGGAUUUUGAGAUAUUUGGCUAUGUUCAGGGUGUCUGCUUUCGUAUGUACUCGGAGAGGAAGGGACUCAGUCUUGGUUUGGUUGGCUGGGUGAAGAACACAAACAAGGGGACAGUGGUGGGACAGGUUCAGGGACCACGUCAUCUGGUCAAUGAAAUGAAGGUAUGGCUGAGUAAGGAGGGAAGCCCCAGCAGCCGUAUCACUCGGGCUGUUUUCAAAAAUGAGAAGGUCAUCCCUAAGCUGGAGCUCUCAGGCUUCUCCACCCGAUUCUGACAUACAACCCAAACAGCCACUUCUACUCCAUGUAUAACUACCAUGUCUCGUGCUGUAAACUCACCAUUACUAAUCCCACAACCAAAGAUCAGCCACUAUAUCAUCAUCAUUUAUAACAGAUGAAUCUGUAAAGAUAUAACACAUUUU